AUGUCUCUCGUCGAAGAAGAUUGGCAAACAACACGACCAACCAUCAGGGAAAGAGCCAAGUUCAUGUUCAACAACGACCGCUUCAGCGAUGUGAAGUUCGUUGUUAGGAAGAUGGACGGUGAAAGCGAAAGUAAAUGUGUAAUUCCUGCUCACAAGUUUGUUCUGUCGAUCAGCAGUCCUGUGUUUGAAGUCAUGUUUUACGGUGAGUUGGCGGAGACUAAAGACUCUAUUGAACUGCCUGACUGUGACUACGAGAGUCUGUUGGAGUUGUUUCGUUACAUGUACAGCGAUGAAGUAAAUUUGAACGGAAGUAAUGUGAUGGGAGUGUUGUAUUUGGCGAAGAAGUAUAUGGUGCCUUCACUGGCUGAUAAAUGCACCGAUUAUCUACAAGAUAAGCUGGAUGCGUCAAAUGUUUUUAGCAUUUUGCCUAUAGCUCAUCAGUUCGAUGAGAAAAAGCUGGUGAAACGAUGUUGGAAAGUAAUCGAUGAACACUGCGAAGAGGCUUUUAAAUCAGAUAGAUUUGCGACACUUGAAAGAUCUUUAAUUGAAGAAGUAAUCAAACGCGACACACUGAAUAUUAAAGAGGUAGAGUUGUUCAAAGCUCUGGAUUUGUGGGCAACAAAGAAAUGCAAAGAAGAAGGCUUGACUGCAGAUGGCAGCGUAAAAAGGAAAAUUCUUGGAGAGAAUAUCGUAAAAGCAAUCCGUUUCCCAAUCAUGAAUCAACAGGAAUUCGCUGUUGUUGUUCUUGACACCAAGAUACUCACACAAGACGAAGUCUGUGAUGUUGUGAAGUAUUUGAAUUCAGAGCUAAGCUCUCCAGUAGGAUUUCCUGUAAAUAAAAGGCUAUCUUCUUUUGCUUGCUGCAGAUUUGGAAAUUUGAACAAUGUUGACUCAAGCUAUUCUUAUUUUCCUGGUAAGCAAGACUGUCUUAUUUUCACAGUUGACGAAAACAUUUUGUUACUUGGAAUAACGUUAUGCGGAAGUGAAAACAAUGAAUAUUUUGUGAAUAUCCGCAUAAAGAAACUUGACGUUAGCGGUGUAUAUCUUAAUUCUGUAUCCGGGAAAUUUCCAUCCCUGCUCAUUGUAGAAGAAUUGCAUUCCUUUCAUGGCAUCAGAAUUUUCUUUGACGAUCCAAUAGUUAUUAAACAGGGAAUAAAACAUCGUAUCGAAGCUUCUAUUUGUGGUGCGAAUUCCUGUUUUGGUCGAAAUGGUCAAAAGGUUGUGGCUUGUUCUGGGAUCAAAUUUAGUUUUGCAGAAAGUUCUGAGGACAGAAAUGGAACUGGAGUUGCACAAGGGCAAUUUCCAGAACUCCUUUUUCAAACGAUGUAACUGUUGCACCUUCUCGAUUGAGCGCAGCCUCCGAUUAUGCGCCGCAGUCGUGUCCUAAAGCAUCGCAUCUGAGAGCAAACAUUUCCAGAAGCUUCCUUCCCGAAGAAGAGCCUCAUCAAGUAUUAUGAUGCAUAACUAGGUGGUGCUAAUAUUGCACAGCUCCGUCAAUGAUGACAGACCACAUAUGAUUCCUGAAUUGAACUGCAAAUGAUCAUGAAGGACCCCUUUAAAAAAUAUGGAAUGGCAUAGAUUUGUUUUUCUGACUUUCUAGAAACAGCUAAUUCGUUACAAACUUAAGGUAGAUGAUACCUAGGGACUAUAAACUGUUUAUAAACUUUUUGUGAUAUUUAGAUAGUGUAAAUAAUAAAAUUAAGGAAAUUGAAUCAGCCCCUUUGCUUAUGGUUUUACGUGAGCCUUGAUCUGGAUAGUCUGGCACUUAAUUUAUGCCAAACUGAUUCUGACCUUUUUCCAGUAAUCAUUAUUUUACAGCUUCAAUAAAUGGAUAUGAAUUGCAGUGAGUUAAUUGUUUAAAAUUUUUAAAGAAAUGGCGUGAAAAGAUAGAUAAAUUAAUUUGCAUUUUUCCUGACCAAUUACAGUAAUAACCAGGUAACUUGUAGUUGGUAGUAUUUGCGGUGAAUUUUUGUAAAAUCUUUGGUCCUGUAGCUCGUUGCUCGUGGCCACGUUUCCACUAGUUCCAGUUAUAUUGUUUAUAUUGUUUUCGUGACUCACAUGAAUCUGCAAAAUACACUUAUGUUAUAUAAGCAUCAGUUUUCGUCACCUAAGUGAUCGUUUCAUCUAGAUCACUUGAGAUCGAUCGACAAGAAGGGAGCAUCCACGGACACUCCAUUUAUCAUAUGGAACUCACUAGUUUUACACUUGAUACCAAAAGCUUACUGCGGGAUUGCGUUACGUUUUCUUCUUUGUCUGGAUUUUAUUUUCUUUCCAUCACAUUAGUAGGUUACACUGAUCUUCUUCUUUGAAAAGAAGGAUUGUUGUUGUUUUUUUUUUUGCGACCAGACCAGUCUACGUAGCUUAACAGUAAAUAGCUGAUUUGAUAUUGCAUAACCCUCGAUAGAACGUUCACUCAUAAUAGUUCGCUCAUAAAUUGAUCUCUCAUAAAGUUCGCGGAGCGCGGGUCUACCCCGAACUGUGUUUACCUUUGUACGUGUUUUUAGCGUCUUAGACUCCAUACUAUUCGCUCUUUCUUGGUUCAGUGACAACACUUUCGAUAAAUCCGCCACUGCUCAACCAUGUGCGCAUUCUAUGCUGACUACGCAUGCGCUUCAGCACGUACCCUCACGCUUGCGCUUUAGCGAGACGGCGAUUUGUGACUGAACAACACUAAAAAGAGAGCCCAAUUUAUAAUUCGGGCAUUCUGCGAAGCCGAGUAAAAAGUACCAUACACCUAAGAACACAAUCAACCUAAAAAAUCAAAAUUGUUCCCACAAAAAGAGAAAACUGGCUGCUAGUUUGAUUAGAAUAACCUACUAGGGUGCAGUACAAGGGUACAGUACUGGAAAGGGGGAGGAGGAGCUGGUGCGUUUUGAAUUUGCUUGACUUUUGUUGAGUUUCGAGUUAUUUAUCACCAGAACUGCUACCCCUCCCCCAAUGUAAUAUUAUUGCCUUGAUUAAUGCAGUUAAGGUUAGGUCCAUCCAUUAAUUAAUUGAAAUGUUGUGCUUGCACGCUGAUUUCAUAUGCUGGUAGUCUCUGCAGUAUUAAAUUUUUAGAAGCAAUUUAAAGAACACGCUUAAGAACAAUAUCAGGUUGAUUUUUCUGAAAAGUCUCGAUAUGUAAGAACAAAAUCAGCCUGAGUCACCAAAACACGUGUUUUUUACGCGGGUUUUCCCUGUAUUCAUUACUGCUUCUUUCGUUGCCUAUCUACGACAGCAAAACUAUGAGACGAAGAACAGCAUUCGAGUCGCACCUAGCAGAGAGUUCCGCAAAACUGAAAUGAUUUUUCGAGCAUGUGUUAUUUCAACUAUUGCAAGGUUAGGUCUAAGGUGAGCUUUGGAAAUACUUUCGGAAUUUCAUUCCAUAAGUUACGAAAACCCCUAAAUAGUGAUUUUUAAAUUCAUCACUUUCAGCACCAGAGAGGACUGAAACACUUUCUAAUCCUUACUAUGGUUUUGAAGUUGGUUUACUCCGGUUUAUCGUUACUCCGAAGCAGAAAUUACACCGUGUUGAAGCUUCUAUUUCUGGGGCUAAUUCUUUCUCCGGUCAAAAGGAUAGAGAGGCUGUUGUUUUUCACUCGGAUAUUAGUUUUAUAUUUGAUAACAGUUCUGAGAGUAGCAAUGGGACGACGGUAGAAAGAGGGCAAUUUCCAGAAUUUCUAUUCACUGUUAAGUGAUUAAUGUUAGUCCUGUGUUCAACAUAGCCUCAAGUUGAAGCUAUGUUUUACGGUGAGUUGGCGGAGACUAAAGACUCUAUUGAACUGCCUGACUGUGAGUACGAGUUUGCUAGAGUUGUUUUGUUGCAUGUACAGCGAUGAAUUCAGCGGAAUAAAUGCGAUGAGAGUGUUGUAUCUGGCGAAGAAAUAUGUACUUGGUGCCUGCACUGGUCGAUAGGUGCGGGCAAUUUUUUGGAGAAAAUUUAGAUGCUACUAAUGUCUUCAUCAUACUUCCUUUCGCUCAAAAAGAGCUCGAAACAGAUUAUCAAUGUCGUGAUAAUCUAUUUUAUAUCAUGGCGUCGAAAACUUUGCUAUACAAUUGGCGCUUCAAAUGUAUGAAGAGUGACAUAAUCACUGUUACGGCUGCUUGAGUUUUGAAUUUGAAAUUAAAAUAUUUUUUUUCCUUUAAGGGAUGCAAGAUACCGUUAAUUAUGUACCACGAGUCGCUAUUUAUGAUGGUUUAGUUCAGUUGAUCAACUACGUCAUUUUUUUUAAAGUUGUGUUUGAAGAGUUUUUUAAGGGCUCCCUCGCAUUAUCACCAGUGGAAAUUAAAGAUGUCAGUAAUUAAUGACUCACUUUGAUUUGUUAGUUGCUAUUCAAUGGCUCAUCUUGGAAAGCACUCCAAUACUUUGAAAUAAACCGCGUUAAUUUAAAAACGACCCACUUUAGUUGACUGGCAUCUCCAUCAAAGGCUUUUUCUCACUCCUUUCUCGUUUAAUUUUUCUAUGUCAUUUGCUUCGGCGUAAUUACUAGCGUCUACUUCCUGUGUCUACUUCAUGCUAUAGCUCUCAUAUCUCUUAGAAAGUAUAUGAUUGAAUUUAGAGUCUUUUGAAGAGCAGUUCCUUGAAGAACCCAGUGAAGAGUGUAUGUCGAAGGGAUCAGUGUUCAAAAUUAACCCCAAUCUUUCUCAGUUUUAACUCGAAAUGUUAUAAUCAAGGAGUCGCUAGAGGUCUGGUUGCGAGAUUGUAGUAGCCAAGCUCUAUUCUCCUUCGUGACAGUCUGGAAGUUAGUAAUUAUCCUUAAAGUACCCGCGGUCAUUAGUAUUGACACCAGACUUAAAUACCUACUCCAUCAAAAACAUAUAUUAUUCAUACUCAAUGAAACCUUUUUAGAUGAAACGUUUUUGAAAACUUUUUUCACAAGGUUCCAAAAAGUACUCUUAACGCCACAAAGGGAGACUUACCCGUAACGGAAACUGCGUCACGCAACCAAAGUGGGUGACAAGUUCAAAAAUUUCAAAUGUCUUAAGUUACCGCUGUCUCGAGCUGCCAACCGCUUAUAUAUUGCACUCCCUCGCAAUCUCAAGUUAACUGUCUCUGCUUUACGGUCAGGAAUCAUGUCUCUUGUCGAAGAAAACUGGCAAACAACGCGACCAACCAUCAGAGAAAGAGCCAAGUUCAUGUUCAACAACGACCGCUUCAGCGAUGUGAAGUUCGUUGUUAGGAAGAUGGAUGGCGAAAGCGAAAGUAAAUAUGUAAUUCCUGCUCACAAGUUUGUUCUGUCGAUCAGCAGCCCUGUGUUUGAAGCCAUGUUUUACGGUGAGUUGGCAGAGACUAAAGACUCUAUUGAACUGCCUGACUGUGAGUACGAAAGUCUGCUGGAGUUGUUUCGUUACAUGUACAGCGAUGAAGUAAAUUUGAACGGAAGUAAUGUGAUGGGGGUGUUGUAUUUGGCGAAGAAGUAUAUGGUGCCUUCACUCGCUGAUAAAUGCACCGAUUAUCUACAAGAUAAGCUCGAUGCGUCAAAUGCUUUUAGUAUUUUGCCUAAAGCUUAUCAGUUCGAUGAGAAAAAGCUGGUGAAACGAUGUUGGAAAGUAAUCGAUGAACACUCCGAAGAGGCUAUAAAAUCAGAUGGAUUUGCGACACUUGAAAGAUCUUUAAUCGAAGAAGUAAUCAAACGCGACACACUGAAUAUUGAAGAGGUAGAGUUGUUCAAAGCUGUGGACUCGUGGGCUACAAAGAAAUGCAAAGAAGAAGGCUUGACUGUAGACGGCAAUGUAAAAAGGAAAAUUCUUGGAGAGAGGAUCGUAAAAGCAAUCCGUUUCCCAGUCAUGAAGCAACAGGACUUCGCUGGUGUUGUUCUCGACACCAAGAUACUCACACGAGACGAAGUCUUUGAUGUCGUGAAGUAUUUUAAUUCAGUACUAAGCUCUCCAGUAGGAUUUCCGGUAAAGAAAAGGCUAUUUACUUUUGCUUGUUGCAGAUUUGAAAAUUUGGAGAAUGUUGACUCAAGCUAUUCUUAUUCUUCUGGUAUACAAGACUGUCUUAUUUUCUCAGUUGACAAAAACAUUUCGUUACUUGGAGUAACGUUAUGCGGAAGUGAAAACAAUGAUUAUUCUGUGGCUAUCUGCAUAAAGAAACUUGACGGUGUAUGUCUUGAUUCUGUAUUCGGGAAAUUUCUAUCUGUGCUCAUUGAAGAAGAAUUGCAUUCCUUUUAUGGCUUCAGAAUUCUCUUUAACCAUCCAAUCGUCAUUAAAAGGGGAACGGGAUAUCGUAUCGAAGCUUCUAUUUCUGGUGCCAAUUCCUGUUUUGGUCGAAACGGUCAAAAGAUUGUGGCUUGUUCUGGGAUCAACUUUAGUUUUAAAGGCAGUUCUAAUAACAGCAGUGGGACUGGAGUUGAACAAGGGCAACUGUUUCCGGAACUCCUAUUUCAAACAAUGUAACUGUUGCAUCUUCUCGAUUGAUCGCUGCCCCUGAUUAUCGCCGCACUCGUGUCCUGAAGCACCGCAUCUAAGAGCAAACAUUUGCAGAAGCUUCCUUCCCGAAGAGGAGCCUCAUCAAGUGUUAUGAUGCAUAACUAGGUAUUGCAAAUAUUUUACAGCUUUGUUAACGAUGAAAGACCACAAAUAAUCUCUGAAUUGAACUGCAAAUGACCAUGAAUGACUCCGUUAAAAAAUAUGGAAUGGCAUAGAUUUGUUUUUCUGACAUUCUAGAAACAGCUAACUUGAUACUUAAAGACUAUAAACUGUUUAUAAUCUCUUGGUGAUACUUAGAUAUUAUUAGUAAUGACAUGAAGGAAAUGUAAUCAGCCCCUUUGCCUGUGGUUUUACUUAAGCCUUAAUCUAGAUAGUCUGGCACUUAAGUUAUGCCAAAUUGAGUUUUGACCUUUCACAAAAAUCAUUAUUUUACUGCGUCAAUAAAUGGAUAUGAAUUGCAGUUGGUUUAAUGUAUGAAAUUUCUAAAGAAGUGGCUUGAGAAGAUGGAUAAAUUAAUUUGCAUUUUUUUCUGACCAAUUACAGGAUAACCAGGUAACUUGUAGUAAUUGAAUGAACGAGCUCGUAACUCGUGGCCACAUGCUCUCGCGACUCAAAGGAAUCUGCAAAAUACACUUAUGUUAUAAAAGCAUCAGUUUUCCUUGCCUAAGUGAUCGUGUCAUCUAGAUCACUAGAGAUCGACAUGAAGAGAGCAUCCACGAACAGUCCAUUCAUUAUAUGGAACCUCACCAGUUUUACACUUGAUACCUAAAGCUUACUGCGGGAUUGCGUUACUUUUUUUGCUUUGUCUAUAUUUACUUUCUUUCCAUAAUAUAAGUAGGUCACAUUAAUCUUCUUCUCUGAAGGGGGUUGGUUUGUUUUGUUUUGUUUUGUUUUGUUUUGUUGUUUUUUUUUUUGCGACCAGCCCCACUUGGGUUGCAGUUGGUUCUACUUGUUCUACAGUAAAAAUCUAUGUGACAGAACAACUGGAGCACAAUCAACCUAAAAGUGAAAAUUGUUCUCGUAAUAAAUAAUUGACUGUCAGUUAGAUUAGAAUAACCUACAAGGGUGCAGUACCAGGGUACAUUACUGGAAAGGGGGAGGGGGAGCUGGUGCAUUUUGAAUUUGCUUGACUUUGCUGAGUUUCGGGUUGUUUAUAAUCAGAACUGCUACCCCUCCCCCGAAGUAAUCUCAUUAUCUUGAUUAAUGCAGUUGAGGUUAGUUCCAACCAUUAAUUAAUUAAAAUGUGGUGCUUGCACAUUGAUUUUUUAUGUUGGUAGUCUAUGUAGUAUUCAAUUUUAAGAAGUAAUUUUAAGAACACACUUAAGAAUAAUAUCAGGCUGAUUUUGCUGAAAAGUCCCGACAUAUAAGAACAAAAUCAGCCUGAGCCACCAAAACACGUGUUAUGCGGGUUUCACUGUAUUCAUUACUGCUUCUUUCGUUGCCUAUCUACGACAGCAAAAAUAUAAGAUAAAGAGCAGCAUCCGAGUCGCAUCUGGCAGAGAGUUCCACAAAACCGAAAUGAUUUUUCGAGCACGCGUUAUUUCAACUAUUGCAAGGUUAGGUCUAAGGUGAGUUUUGGGAAUACUUUCGGAAUUUCAUCCAGUAAGUUUUUAGCAGCUGAUACGAAACCCCCCGAAUAGUGAUUUUUAAAAUCAUCGCUUUCAAAUCAGAGAAGACUGAAACACUUUCUAGUCCUUACCAUGGUUUUGAAGUUGGUUUUCUAAUCCAAUCGCUAUUCCGAAGCAGAAAUUACACCGUGUUGAAGCUUCUAUUUCUGGGGCUAAUUCUUUUUCCGGUCAAAAGGAUAGAGAGGCUGUUGUUUUUCACUCGGAUAUUAGUUUUAUAUUUGAUAACAGUUCUGAGAGUAGCAAUGGGACGACAGUAGAAAGAGGGCAAUUUCCAGAAUUUCUAUCCCCUGUUAAGUGAUUAAUGUUAGUCCUGUGUUCAACAUAGCCUCAAGUUGAAGCUAUGUUUUACGGUGAGUUGGCGGAGACUAAAGACUCUAUUGAACUGUCUGACUGUGAGUACGAGAGUCUCUUAGAGUUGUUUUGUUACAUGUACAGCGAUGAAUUCAGCGGAAGAAAUGUAAUGGGAGUGUUGUAUCUGGCGAAGAAAUACGUACUUGGUGCCUUCACUGGUUGAUAGUUGCGGGCAAUUUUUAGGAGAAAAUUUAGAUGCUACUAAUGUCUUCAGCAUACUUCCUUUCGCUCAAAAGGCGCUCAAAACAGGUUAUCAAUGUCGUGAUAAUCUAUUUUAUAUCAUGGCGUCAAAAACUUUGCUAUACAGUUGGCGCUUCAAAUGUACGAAGAGUGACAUAAUCACUGUUACGGCUGCUUGCGUUUUGAAUUUGAAAUUAAAAAUUUUUUUUUCCUUUAAGGGAUGUAAGAUACCGUUAAUUAUGUACGAGUCGCUAUUUAUGACAUUGAAGGAACUAUCAUGGGGAAACCAGUGAGAAAUAACAGUGCUUAUGAUGGUUUAGUUGAUCAACUACAUCAUUUUUUUUAAAAGUUAUGUUUGGAGAGUUUUUUAAGGGCUCCCUCGCAUUAUCACCAGUGGAAAUUAAAGAUGUCAGUAAUUAAUGACUCAUUUUGAUUUCUUAGUUGCUAUUCAAUGGCUCAUCUUGGAAAGCACUCCAAUACUUUGAAAUAAACCGCGUAAAUUUAAAAACGACACAGUUUAGUUGACUGACAUCUCCAUCAAAGGCUUUUUCUCACUCCUUGCUCGUUUAAUUUUUUUAUGUCACGUGCUUCGGCGUAAUUACUAGCGUCUACUUCGUGUGUCUACUUCAUGCUAUAGCUUUCAUCUCUCUUAGAAAGUAUAUGAUUGAAUUUGGAGUCAAUUAAGGAGUAGUUACUUGAAGAACUCAGUGAAGAGUUUAUGUCGAAGGAACCAGUGUUCAAAAUUAACCCCAGUCUUUCUCAGUUCUGUUAUAAUCAAGGAAAUCGCUAUAGAUCUGGUUGCGAGAUUGUAGUGCCCAAGCUCCAUUCUCCUUCGUGACAGUCAGGAAGUUCAUAAUUAUCCUUAACGUACCCAUGGUCAUUAGUAUUGACACUAGACUUAAAUACCUACUCGAUCAGAACCAUUUAUUUUUCAUAGUUAAUGAAACCUUAAUUUUUUUAAAAACUUUUUUUUACAAGGUGCCAAAAAAAUUACUCUUAACGCCACAACGGGAGACUUACCCGUAAAAGGAACUGGGUCACGAAACCAAAGUGGGUGACAAGUUCAAAAAUUUUAAAUGUAAUCGCAUAUUCAAAUGUCUUAAGUUAAAGCUAUCUCCAGCUACCACCCGCUUACUCAAGCAGUUUAAGGUCUGGGUCAGGAGAGUAAAUUGACUUAGAAAAAUAAGCAGCUAUAUCUCCGCAAUUAUACAGCCGAUUGCGCUGAAACUUUCGUAGGCGAUAGUUAUCCGUACGAACUUUUACCUUAGGGAGACAAUAACGACGACGAAGGUUACGUGUCGGGACACGUGAUCAAAACGCUAUUUAAUCAGUUUUUGUCGGAAGUGGUAAGAUUUACACACAUUCGUCAAUGACCAAUGAAUGAAACAAAUACCCAGCAAAAAAUGCAAGCCAUCUACGUUUGGAAUAAAUUGAAUUCAAAUGCGUUAGGAGACGCUUCGCUUCAUUUCCAGAUACCGCAGAAAUAACAUCAUCGACAUAACGUUUCCAGAAAAAGGGUUUAACCGGUGAAGUGGCUAAGUUGAUCUUGCCGUUAAGGUUGCGGAGGAGAGACUCAGAGAAGAUGCCUCCCUAGGACAUUCUUCAUCUGCUGUCUUUUUGCCUCAAAACUACGCAAUUUGCAUACAACGGCACCUGCUAUCAACGGGUUUUUGGUACAGCUAUGGGUUCGCCCGUCUCUGUUGUCAUUGCCAACAUGGUAAUGGAAGACGUAGAACAAAGGGUCUUAGCCACUUCACCGGUUAAACCCUUUUUCUGGAAACGUUAUGUCGAUGAUGAUAUUUAAGGGGUUACUACGCGUUGCAUGGCUUGUAGUUUCCUAUGGAUUCAAAUAAUCGAUAUCUUUAACAUAAAAAAUCCCAAAUGUUUCUCUUGCCUUGAUUGAUAUAGUGGAUUUAUUUAUAAACGAAAAUUUUUUUCCCCAAUCUGUGAAAAAAUCAGGGAAUUUGUUUUUGCAGUUUUGAAUGCCAGUCGGCUCAUUGAUAGUUUCCACUGAUAAUUUUAUAGUAGUUUUUGCAGCGCAUUUCAGUUAAAUCUAGAGUAGGAAUCAUUGAAGAAGAUAUUUUAGUUGUGUUUAACAAUUCUUACGAGGGUACUUCAAUUGCGGCAGCUUUCUUUUUUAAGUCCGAUGGAAUAGCAGCAAUUAAUUGAAGGUGGUGAAGAAAGUUUUGAUUUUGAACUUGGUUUGAAAUUCUUCAAUCAUUAAAAAAUUCCCAUUGGCAUUUAAAACAUCUUGUACGUAAAGAAUUUUCCGUUUGAACCAGGAUCUCCAAAAAACGGUAUAAUUUUCAAUGAUAAUAGCCUUAUUGUUCCAAAGUCAAUAUUCGCUAUAUGGAAAUACAUUGAACUUGUUUUUAAUUUCUUGGAAAUAUUGUAGCAGUUCUAGAUAAAAAUUAGGUAAACAUUUGUUUAUGGAUUCAGCACUAUAGUUGCAUUUGCGAAGAAAAUGGAGGCUGACGUGCUCUGAAAUAUAGGAAUUCGGGAUUACUUUCCAUAAGUCGUCGGAAUCACCCACUGAGUAACCUACUUAUCCAUGCUAAGCAUAACGAUUUCACCAUUGUGGCAAAAUUAAUAAAACUUAGUCCCCCUUGCUUGCAAACAUUGCACUGAUUUCCAGGCUGACAAGUUUUGUGAAGAACUAGUGAAGAGUCCCCUAUGGAAAGUAGAGGCAGGCCCGCAGAUAUUUUUACUUAUUUAAAAACUAGAAUAUUAUAACCAGCUAGGUGGGUAGUUUCAGUUCCAGAAUCGUUGUACUUUUGGAGAAAUUCAGAUAAAUGUUUUCCCUGUUUUACCCGACAACAAAAAUGACCGAAACUGUACCGAGAUGAAUAAUCUAUUGGUGUGUUCACCAAUUGAAUGGGGAGUUACUACAUCACGAGCGACGAGUGAGGGAAGAAGAAGAGACCAAAAUACGAGUGGCCAAUCAAAGAGUUGUAACAUGGCGGCCGAUUCUCGAUUAGAGCGUGCACGUUUUCGAGGAAGUUAAGAUCGAUUUAUAGCCUAAAUUUUACAGAAGACGCUAGUUUUUUCGCAGAUGUCAGGUCUACAGCUGAGGUGAGUGUUGGUUUUGUGUUGAUUUCAAGAAAUUAGCUCUAUUUUUCUGUAGUUGCGAAUUCACUAACGCGUACAGCCACUAAUUAUACAUAGUUAGCGGCUAUACCGGGGCCAAUGACCAUAAAGGCUUGGCCGGACCUACGAAUAGGAACAGGUGAAGUUGCGAAAAAUUUGAAAAUUUCUUGGGACAAGGUAGGAGAAUUCAUUUGGGGACCACGGAUUUGGUUUUCUUUUUUCGUCACGCACGUCACGCAGCAAGUUACAAAACGUAAAUAUAAUUCUUCUCGGUGCCUUUCCGGAUGCCACGGAUGCCUUUUCCGAUGCCUCCAUUGUUUAUUACAGCAGUAAAAGAUAUACGUGCCAUCAAUACUUUGAAAAAUUGCUUAACAUUUUAUUUAGCGAAGUAUACUGCUAACAUUUCGGCUUUACAACACUAUUGUUUUUUGCAAAUACAACUGAUAUGUCUCUAUAUGACGUAUUAAAUUUGUUUCCCGCUGACCACUCGUAUUUCAAUCUCCUGAAACUCUGCUGGGGGUCUCGAAUCAAGAUAAAACCCAGGCCCUAAACUACUUGAGCUUAUGUUGCACUCCAUUGCAAUCUAAAGUUAACUGUUUCUACCUUUAGCAUCACGUACGGUCAGGAAUCAUGUCUCUCGUCGAAGAAAACUGGCAAACAACGCGACCAACCAUCAGGGAAAGAGCCAAGUUCAUGUUCAACACUGACCGCUUCAGCGAUGUGAAGUUCGUUGUUAGGAAGAUGGAUGGUGAAAGCGAAAGUAAAUACGUAAUUCCUGCUCACAAGUUUGUUCUGUCGAUCAGCAGCCCUGUGUUUGAAGCCAUGUUUUACGGUGAGUUGGCAGAGACUAAAGACUCUAUUGAACUGCCUGACUGUGAGUACGAAAGUCUACUGGAGUUGUUUCGUUUCAUGUACAGCGAUGAAGUGAACUUGAGCGGAAGUAAUGUGAUGGGGGUGUUGUAUUUGGCGAAGAAAUACUUCGUGCCUUCACUGGCUGAUAAAUGCACCGAUUAUCUACAAGAUAAGCUGGAUGCGUCAAAUGCUUUUAGUAUUUUACCUAAAGCUCAUCAGUUCGAUGAGAAAAAGCUGGUGAAACGAUGUUGGAAAGUAAUCGAUGAACACUGCGAAUAG